GACGGCCCGGACCCAGGAGGCCCAGAUCCUGGUAUGCGCUUACCUGCCCCUCCUCUCUCUGUCUCUCUCGUGGUUCUACUGAACGAGCACUCGCCUGCGCUCUUCUCUCUCUCGUGGCGACGACUGGGUGACUGCCGGCGCCCCAGGCCUGAGGCUCCAUCUUCGGGCCCUUCACUGGCUACGAGCACCACCUGGUACGCAUACCCCUCCUCUUCCGUUCCUCCUGUACGAGCACCCUAACCCUAGUUUAAGAUACUUGUAAUCGGAUCUGAUCCAAUUUCAGGUGUACUGGGUCCGAUCCAUCUGAGUCUGAUCUUUUGUUUCUCGGGUUCCUGGCAGAGGAUUAUGGAUUGGCUGGGGCAGAAGCGCGCGGAGAUGCUGAUGCAGGUGCUGCUGGUGGCGUCUGCUGUGGCGGCGUUCCUGGUGGGCUACGUGCGCGCGGACUUCCAGCUCAUGCUGCUCGUCUACGCCGGCGGCGUCGUGCUCACAGCGCUCGUCACCGUCCCCAACUGGCCCUUCUUCAACCGUAACCCGCUUAAGUGGCUCGACGCUGCCGAGGCCGAGCGCCACCCGCGCCCCCAGGUCAGCGCCGGUGCGGCAGCAGGGGGAAAGAAGAAGUCCGGGAAGAACAAGUAAUCGAUCUUUCGGAGCGAUAUGUGUUCUUUGUCGAUUUGACUCAAACCUAUUUAAAGUUUUAUUUCGCAGAACUAAUCAAUGAUAAAAGAGCUAGAGGUGUUCGACAGUUUUGGUUGGUACUUAAAAAUAUGCAGUUGUAGCUGAAAUUUAGCUUGCAAUCUUGCACGCUACUUAUCAGUUAUAUCUGCAAUGAUGAUCUAACUAAAAGGAUGGCGAUAUGCCUGGUUACACUCUUAGAUUGACUUCGUCUGUAGCUUUAUUAGCAUUUUGUGGAUGGGUUUUUGCUGUCUUCUUAUGCAUAUCUGAAGAUGUAGUGAGUUUUUUUUAGCAGAGAUUGCAUAGUUUCAGUUUGGUCCCUUGAUUACGUUGCCUCCUUGACCAUUUUUAGGUGGAGUGUUCAUAUCAGUGUCAGCCCUUUGUUGGAAUUUAACUAUUAAAUUCAUUCGUAAUUCUCUUGUAGUGUUAUAAUCAAAUGUGUAGGUUGCAUGUAACCAUAGG